AUUUUUUGUUUAUAAUUCUUGGUGCUCUGUUAUAGUGCUGGUUACUUCCGCAGCAGUUAGUACUUACCGCUGUAACCGGUGUUUAGUGGUGGAGCUAGGUGAUGGUGUUGAUUAAAUCAGGACAAAUCACAAACGUUAUCAAGCAAUAUCAUUAAAUUAAGAAAAGUUCAUUCAUUAACUUUAUAUAUAUACAUAUAAGACAAAAUGUCUAGUGCCAAAAUUAUCGAAUUAAAUGAGACCAAUACCUGCAAAAUUUGUGACAACGCGUUAGCCAAAUACUCCUGCCCGAAAUGCAAUAUCAUAUAUUGCUCAUUGAUUUGCUAUCAAGCAUCAACACAUUUAGAUUGUACUGAAGAUUUCUAUAAAGAAAAUGUUAUGGCCGAACUGAAUCUUAAUAAAUCAAACCCAGAGUCUGAGAAGAAAAUGUUUGAAAUUUUGCAAAAAUAUCAUGAAAAUAACAGAAUUACUUCUCCUGGUGAUUAUAAAUAUUGGGAUGCCGCUGAUGGAGAAACUGAGUUAGAUGAAGAUGCAAUGGGACAAUUUUCUCAAUUUGUUGAUGUAGAGGAUUUAGAAGAAGAUUUAGACUCAGAUGAUGAGGAUUAUAUUGAUAUCGCUGAAAGACUUGCAGGAGUAGACUUAGACGACACCGAUACCGUUUGGGAUAAGUUAACGAACGAUGAAAGACAGGAUUUUAUGGCUUUUUUGAAGACCGAAGAUAUUUCAAAACUUAUCCCAUCCUGGACACCAUGGUGGAUGUACACAGAAGCUAAUAAAAUCUCUGAAGUAAAUAUCGAUCAAACUGAUGAAUUUAAAAGUGAUUGCCCGAAACUUGGUGUGAUUAAGGAUUUUUCAAGUAUCACGACAAAAAAUCCUGCCAAUUGUGUCGCAUACAACCUUGUUAAUUUGUUAGCAGCUUAUGCCUUUACUGCGCGAUAUUUUAAUGGUGAACACUUCGAUUUCCCCAAUGAGGCUGUAGCGGUGAUAGCUUCAGUUUCUUUACACCUCAAGAAAGAGUUAAAUUUUGAAGAUUACGACACCGCUGUUAAAAGUGUGGAACAGGAAUGUAUUAAUUGUGAAUGGAUUAUCACGGAUUCAGAAAAUCUUGAUCUGAUAAAAGAAGACCUAAAUAGGAUUUUAAAUGGACCAACUCCUCAAGAAAAAAAUAAAUAUGUUCUUUGCGCUUUAACAGAUUUUCAAAAUCUAUUAAAAGCAUGCGAAAACCAUAAGGAAGGUAAACCAAAAGGAAAUUUUGCCAAACAUUUUCCGAAUCAUUACUUUCCUCAAGUUCAGUAUGAAAACAAGGAUAACAUCAGAAAGUACAUUAAGAAGACGGAUUACCUUCUCGCCUUCGCUAAAGAUGUCUUUAAUAUGGCGCACAUGAAGAAAUGAGUCGACCAUUUUAUUUAUAUUUUGUAUAUUUUAAUUUUUUGAUAAAAGAUAUUCCUGAGCAAUUACAGAUGCUUUUAAGUUAAA